AUGAGCCCGCGCUAGCGCCCUCGCUCGUGCGCCCGGGGGAAUCGAUCGCUGCCGGCUCGUGCGCAGGACGGACCAUGAAGCCGGGUCCGGCCGGCACGGUGGUGAGGGAGCCGGAGCCGCCGGCACCGACCCGGGGCGAGCCGCGUGCAGCCGAGCCCGAGGGGCGCUGGCGGGAGAAGGGCGAGACGGACUCGGAGCGGCAGCGCACCCGGGAGCGGCAGGAGGCCACGCUGGCGGGGCUGGCCGAGCUGGAGUACCUGCGCCAGCGCCAGGAGCUGCUGGUCCGUGGAGCGCUGCGCUGCGCCGGGGGCUCGGCGCCCGGAGCCCCGCGCGCCGGGGAGCUGCCCGGGGAGGCGGCGCAGCGCAGCCGCCUGGAGGAGAAGUUCUUGGAGGAGAACAUCUUGCUGCUGCGGAAGCAAUUGAACUGUCUGAGGAGAAGAGAUGCUGGUUUGUUGAAUCAGUUGCAGGAACUUGACAAGCAGAUAAGUGACCUGAGACUGGAUGUAGACAAGACAUCUGAAGAGCAUCUGGAGACAGACAGCCGGCCCAGCUCAGGGUUUUAUGAACUCAGUGAUGGGGCUUCAGGAUCCCUUUCAAAUUCUUCUAACUCAGUGUUCAGUGAGUGUUUGUCCAGUUGUCACUCCAGCACCUGCUUUUGCAGCCCCUUGGAAGCAACCUUGUCUAUAUCAGAUGGUUGUCUCAAGUCAGCAGAUCUCAUAGGAUGGUUGGAAUGUAAAGGCAGCCACUGUGAAGACCAGGCCUCGGGGGCAAUUUGCAGUUCCCACUCCACACCACAAUUUAAUUCCCUUGAUGUCAUUACAGAUGUGAAUCCCAAGUACCAGUGUGAUCUGGUGUCUAAAAACGGGAAUGAUGUAUAUCGCUAUCCCAGUCCACUUCACGCCGUGGCUGUGCAGAGCCCCAUGUUUCUCCUUUGUUUGACGGGCAGCCCUCUGAGGGAAGAGGAGAGGCUUGGGAAUCAUGCCAAUGAUAUUUGUGUCAGAACUGAACUGGAUGCCACCAAAGCAGACAGUUCCUUACCAUCUCCAAGCAGUCUGUGGUCGGCAUCCCAUCCUUCAUCCAGCAAGAAAAUGGACGGCUACAUUCUGAGUCUGGUCCAGAAAAAAACACACCCCGUAAGGACCAAUAAACCCAGAACCAGCGUGAACGCUGAUCCCACGAAAGGGCUUCUGCGGAAUGGCAGUGUGUGUGUCAGGGCCUCGGGUGGCAUCCCACAGGGCAAUGGGGUGAGCCUCAAGAACCCCAAACAGGCGUGUCUGCCCUCUGCGGGAAUGCCAUCUUUGGACCACGGGGCACUCUCUCCGCCGAAGCAGCGGCCCAAAGACCUAAAGACAGAACAACCGGAGAGCAAGAGGUUGGUUGUGGGCUGCCCAGCGGGUGUUGCCAUGGACGCCCAAAGCAAGCAUGUGCCCAGAACCGCCAAGGCGGCCUCUCAGGAACAAGCGCGGGAUCCCGCCGUGGGGCCCGGGGAGUCCCUUAAGGAAAGUAACCAGGUCUCCGCCACUUCUGCGAAGGAGAGCCCCGGCAGAGGCUCCGUCGCCCCGCAAGAGAGCAAAGCCGGGCAGUCCCUGAAGAAGACGGCGCCCAAGGGCGGCCUACAGGCCGUGCCCGCGCCCGCGCCACCCCCGCUGCUGCCAGCCGUCUUCCCCGUGGAGGACAGGCCAACGCUGGACUUCAAAAGCGAAGGCUCCUCUUCGCAAAGCCUGGAGGAAGGGCAUCUGGUGAAAGCUCAGUUCAUCCCCGGCCAGCAGCCGGGCGUCAGGCCGCACCGGGGCCACAGGAGCGUGGGCACGGCGAGGAGCUCCACGCUGAAGCCCCGCGGCCAGGCCCCGCAGGGACCUGAGCACGGAUUGCCCACGGUCAGGGAGAAAGCCCGGGCCUCGGGCAAGAAGUGUCGCUUCCCCGAUGACUUGGAUACAAAUAAGAAACCCAAGAAAACCUCGGCCAAGGCGAGGCGGAGCGGCGGCGGCGGCGGGACGUCCGACGUGGGCCUUCCCGGCAGGCCCCUGGGCACCGGCGGCGGCGGCGGCCAUCGGGCCGGGUUCAAGGCGCAUGGGCACGGACGGGAAGCGGUGGUGGCCAAACCUAAGCACAAGCGAACCGACUACCGGCGGUGGAAGUCGUCGGCGGAGAUUUCCUACGAGGAGGCGCUGCGGCGGGCGCGGAGGGCUCGCCGCGGGGAGCACGUGGGCGUGUACCCGGUGCCCGUGGCGCUGCCCUACGCCAGUCCCUACGCCUACGUGGCCAGCGACUCCGAGUACUCGGCCGAGUGCGAGUCGCUGUUCCACUCCACCGUGGUGGACACGAGCGAGGACGAGCGGAGCAACUACACCACCAACUGCUUCGGCGACAGCGAGUCGAGCGUGAGCGAGGGCGAGUUCGUGGGCGAGAGCAGCACCACCAGCGACUCGGAGGAGAGCGGGGGCUUCAUGUGGUCCCAGUUCGUCCAGACGCUGCCCAUCCAGACGGUCGCGGGCCCCGAGCUUCGCAGCCACGCCACCAAAGCCUUUGUCAAAAUCAAGGCCUCGCACAACCUCAAGAAGAAAAUCCUCCGCUUCCGCUCCGGCUCCUUGAAACUGAUGACCACCGUUUGAGAAGCAUCACGGUUGUAGCGAGCCUUUCCUAGUUUCUGAAAGAAAGAAAGAAAAUAAUAAUUAAUAAUAAAAUAAUAAUGGCGUCUUCUUUUUUUUUUUUUGUGUGUGUGUGUGUAGGAAUUUCAAGGGAUGCUUUCUUUUUAUUAUGAUAAAACCAAGAUAACUUAUGUCUCAUGAUCAUGUAUGGACACUAGUGCCUUUAAUGGAAGGUAGAGGAUGUGUUGCUAGUUAGAAGUCGGUGCUGGGGUUUCAGUGGUGGUUGAUCGUGGAUGAAUUUUGUGACUGUCAGCUGAUGUCUUAGCGUGUAGGUUUUGAUGUUCGAAUUUCACUGGGAUGAGGCCUUUUGAUCCCAAGGUCGGUUUGGACGCCGUUGUAAGAUGUACAGUUUGCUCCCUGAUUCUUCAGAGCUGUGUCUCUGAAAGGGCUUUCCUAUUGAAGGGCAUUACAUGUAAUCACACGAUAUAGGUAUAAGAAGCAGCCAUUGUUUGUUUUUUAAGUUCUACAUACAUUUCUUAGCUGUUUUCCCAUCCUGGUUUCUUCUCAAAACUGUUCCGUUUACUGAACUCAGAACUUACAGACCAGACCCUAGAUCCAGACGUGGCAACCUGGAUAAGGGAGACUGGUAAUACUUUAAAAGGAUUCACAGAAACUUGCCACAUCUAGUGCCUCGGCCUCGGUACCAGUAACCCGAUUUGGGCCGUACAUUCAGCAGCUUUGGAUGCCUUUCUCUUCAUUCCUGACUCGUAGCCAGUACAACUAUUUGACCCAUAUAGGACUCGCCUUUGAGACACAAUUUUGGUUCUUGGGUGCAGAGAAAUUCACUCUUAACAGGCACUGUGCCAUGUAAGCUUUGGUCUCAACGUUAGUGCAAUCCAGUCCAGAUUGGACCACUGACCUAUCUGGAAGGGCUUUUUUUAAAAAAAAAAUUUUUUUUAAACAAAAAAGGUUUUUUUGGUAAACAGUAUUGUGUAAAAUUGCUUUUUUAACAACACCAAUGUAUGCAUGUUUUGUGCAUGAGUAGUAGUUGUUUUUGAAAUUCCUGUUGUUAAAAUUACUGUAUGAUAUAAACAGUUUGUGUUUAUAUAUAUCAUUGUGUAAAUUUAAUAUAACACAUUAUAUGCUGUAAUAAACGGUUUGUUUUACUGCUGUUAAGUUUGUUAUUUGGGUAUAAAACCAUAUGUUUACCCCUAUAAA